AGGAAAAGAACUUUCACCCACAGAUGUGAGUACAUGCCUGGACAUGUUUUUUUUUCUCACAAUAUAAAAGGCUCUGGUCAGGACGCUUGUGUUACCACUGAGAGAAGAGAAAAAACAGAAGAAGAGAAGAGAGAAACUUGGCAGACAUGGCGUACUUCUUCUUCUUGUCCGCAGAGACGUGGACCCUGCUGGCUGCCCUCAUCACGCUGCUGUUUGUGUAUUCCUGCUGGACAUAUGGGACAUUUAAGAGACUGGGAGUCCCUGGGCCAUCACCUAUCCCAUUUUUUGGCACCAUGUUGAAAUAUAGAAAGGGAUUUUUUAACUUUGAUGAAGAAAGUUAUAAGAAAUAUGGGAAAAUGUGGGGCAUUUUUGAUGGCCGUCAGCCCGUGUUGUGUAUCACUGAUCCUGCUAUGAUAAAAACUAUCCUGAUAAAGGAGUGUUACUCUUUCUUCACAAACCGCAGGAAUUUCCGUCUGAAUGGGCCGCUGUACGAUGCUGUGUCCAUUGCAGAGGAUGAUCAGUGGAGGAGGAUCCGCAGCGUCCUUUCUCCCUCCUUCACCUCUGGGAGAUUGAAAGAGAUGUUUGACAUCAUGAAGCAGCAUUCAGCUGUCCUGAUCAGCAGCAUGAAAAAGAAAGCAGAUAAAGAUGAACCUCUAGAGCUGAAAGAGUUUUUCGGACCCUACAGUAUGGAUGUGGUAACCAGCACCGCCUUCAGUGUGGACAUCGACUCUCUCAACAACCCCUCAGAUCCUUUUGUCACGAACAUCAAAAAGAUGCUGAAAUUUGACUUUUUCAACCCCAUCUUCCUCACUGUUGCCUUCUUUCCUUUCAUGAUUCCCAUAUUGGAAAAAUUGGAGUUUUCCUUUUUCCCUGCAUCUGUCACAGACUUCUUUUACGCUGCACUACAGAAGAUCAAGAUUGAUCGAGAGACCAGCAAACAAAAGACUCGAGUGGACUUCCUCCAGCUAAUGAUCGACUCUCAGCAAAAUAAUAAUUCCAAACAGGAUAAAGGUCUGACAGAUCAUGAGAUCCUUUCCCAAGCGAUGACUUUCCUCUUUGCUGGCUACGAAACGACCAGCAGCUCUCUCACUUUCUUGUCUUACAAUUUGGCAACAAACCCUCAGGUGAUGAAAAAGCUGCAGGAGGAGGUGGAUGCAACCUUCCCUAACAAGGCUCCCAUCCAGUACCAGGAACUAAUGCAGAUGGAGUAUCUCGACUGUGUCAUCAAUGAGUCUCUCCGAUUGUUCCCCAUUGCUUCACGUUUGGAGCGUGUGGCCAAGGCCAGUGUGGAGAUAAACGGCUUUGUGAUUCCAAAAGGUAUGGUUGUUGUACCCACCUGGCCGAUGCACCGGGACCCCGAGAUUUGGCCUGAACCAGAGAAAUUCAAACCUGAGAGGUUCAGCAAGGAAAACAAGGAGACAAUUGAUCCGUACAGCUACAUGCCUUUUGGAGCAGGCCCGAGGAACUGCAUUGGGAUGCGAUUUGCUCUGGUUGUGAUGAAACUUGCAAUAGUGGAGAUCCUCCAGAGGUACAGCUUCUCUGUGUGUAAGGAGACCGAGAUCCCCUUUGAGUUGGACAUCCAGGGUCUGCUACAACCAAAACGACCAAUCAAACUGAAGCUGGUGCCACGUUCUUAACCCUCCUGCUAAAAAUAAAAAUGAUAAUGAAAGAUUCUCUUCUUAAUUGUCUCGUUACAAACCUUUUGUGUACAGAAGCAAAUGCUAGUUUUUUACCGAAACAGUACAAGAGUGUGCCUCUGCAUCUUUUUUCUUAACUGAGUGACAGAUGAACCAUUUUACUGAUCUUUAAAAUCAAUAAAGAAUGUCCAGAUUCUU